AUGUCUCACGAGUCUGUUUGGAACUCCCGCCCGCGGUCGUACGGCAAGGGCGCCCGCCAGUGGUACGCAACCCCGAUUCGAAAAGAAGAGAUGGAGAUCGACGUCGAUGUGGACGAGAAACACGGAGAGGAAGAGAUGGAAGAGAUGAAAGACACUGUAUCGGCGAACAAACGACAUGGUAGAGGGGUGAUGAAGGAACAGAAAACAAAUGCUAACAUUCUGCAGCCGCGUCUGCGCUCACCGCGCUGGUCUGAUCCGCAAUGCUUCCGUGAGAAGGCCAACGACAUUGGCUUCGUCAAGCACCGUUAA